AUGUUAGCCUGUCUUGGUUUUAAGAGUGAUAAAGAAAGGCUGGUCAGGACCUGCCAGAAUCUACAUGACUUAGUGUACAUCUACGUCUCUUCAAUCAACAAAAUAUACCGACUCCUUAAUACACAUCUUGGCACCAACUUCCCCAUCAUCCCAGUAAAAGAAAACCUCAGCAUUAAAGAGAAUCUGCAGCUCCUGGUCAGCGCUUUGAAGGAGAUGCAAGCCACCAUGGAAACAAAAGACAAAGAUGUACAGGAAAUCAUCAGCCACAGUUUAUGUGCUAAGAUUGCUGGUCCCGUCACCUCCCUGCAGGACACGAUCACUGCAGUAAAGGAACUUCAUGAGAAUUACAAGGGCGUCGUAGAAAGCAUCAUGGAUGUACUCGUUGCGGUGAUGUUGAAACACAACAACUUCCCUGACAAAGUGGAGUCUGCUAUUCAUCAGCUAUUGAGUUCACCUGCCUUAUCCCUCCAAGUAUCAGAACUUCUCAUGGACUAUGCUGAUAUUGUGAAGGUGCUGCAGCAAAAUGAGAGACCAAGUACCACAGAAGGCAACUCCUCCUUGAGUGGAAUGUCACAACAGCUCAGGCUGGACUCUCCACCCUCCUCCUCUUCAUUUCUUGUUUUCCUGCAGCCUGCCCUUCAAGGACACAGAUCCACAAAGAAAAGCCUGAAAACAGCAGCUGACUACUUAGAGGAGGCUUUCAGGGUGCUGAAGCCACCUUGUGAAGGAUUCCAAACUUUUGUUAAAAUGGUUGAAGCCUGCAUCCUAGCGAUAACAGACAAGCAGAAAGAGACAUAA